GGGCGGGGAGCGAUGGUGCGCCGGCGAUGUCCGCGGAACACGAGAAGGAGCCCGCCGCGGCCCUCAAGAGAGCCCGAGGUGGUGAUGGUGGAUUGGAAGGAUUAGGCGGCCCGGGAGUGCAGCUGGCAAGCCCCGAGAAGAAGAAGCGCAAGUCAACGGCUCAGGGCUCCUGCUUCCCCCCGCCCUCGGAAUACGCUCCACCACCGAAUCCCAGCUCGGAUCACCUGGUAGCAGCCAAUCCAUUUGACGAUAACUACAACACGAUUUGCUACAAACCGCUGCCGGUGGGAAGCCCUUCUUUUGCCAAUCCCAACUACCCUGGCUUUGGCGGCUACAACGCUUUCAGAAUGCCACCCCAUCUGCUCCCCAGAAUGUCCUCGCCAUACGGUGCUUCUUACGCGCUCAGAAACCAGCCCCACCCGUUUCCCCAGAACCCGGUAGGGAUGGUCUUCAGCCGGCCUCAGGCGAUUAACUUUGGGCCACCUGAAAAUGCAGGUUUUGGAAACCAGCCGCCCUACAGCACCAACGUGACUCCAAACACCGCCAUGCCCAGUCCACACUUCAGACCGCCGAACCCUGGGGAAAACUUCGGUCACGUCCCUCCCCAGAAUAACACCCAGAUGCCACACCAUGAAAUUCCACUGCAUUUUGGACCCGGCAAUAAUCCAAAUUUCAACAAUUCCCAAAUGGAAUCAAACCAUCCCUACGUCCCACUGCCAAACCACUAUAGCCAGAACAAGCCUUUGCAGAAGCCGGGUGCAAAUAAGCACAGCACGCCUCCCGCCCAGCACCUCCAGCACAGCACAGACGACGGGGGGAGCUCGGGGAAUGUGGACCUGAAACCUGCAACCCGGCACGUGCCAGCAGGCCCAGAGAGCCACCCGCCUAAGGCUGUGGAAGCCUUGAACAGCAGCCGUGCCAAUGGAACCCCGAGCAAGCCUCAUUUGCCGCGUGGGGCUGCAGAAGGAGGCGGGACAGAGAAGGGCAGCCAGCUUGCUUUGCGCUCCGGCCAGCACAGCCACCCCCCCUCGGAACCCGUCUAUCCCUGUGGGAUUUGCACACACGAGGUGAAUGACGACCAGGACGCCAUCUUGUGCGAAGCUUCCUGCCAAAAGUGGUUUCAUCGGAUCUGCACAGGAAUGACUGAGUCGGCCUAUGGGUUGCUCACGGCAGAAGCGUCCGCAGUCUGGGGCUGUGACACUUGCAUGGCCGACAAGGAUGUGCAGCUGAUGCGCAGCAGGGAGACUGGAGGGCCGCCCGCCUCGAGCACCGAUGCGUGACAGCCGGAUGUCGAGGGGGAGAGGCGGUCCCUUGCAGAGAGGAGAGCGGUCAUUCGUCAGCUCCCUUUCCAGGGGAGGGCAGUUCUGCUCGCUUUCUCUUCUCCGGCUGGGCUCUUUUCUCCCUGCCCGUGUUUUCAUCAGGAGAACUCCAAGGCAAUCUUUUAGUUAUUCCUUAUGGUGCCACAAGACUCCUGUUGUGUUUUUUAAAAUGCUGGCUCUAAAACGAAGACUCUUGAUUGAUUGCGGGGUCCUGGUUUUAUGCACAUGGAACGCGUUGCUAGAAAUGGAUAAGAUAUGACCUCCUGGCCGCUGUGGAGCCUGGCAGGGGCCUGUCUGGGGCCCCUGGAUUUUAGCCCCCUCGGAGGAGUGUUUGCAGCCGUGGCCCCGUUGGCGUUAGUUCUGUCCUCUGUUAUGAAGGGUUCUUUUUUAACGUUUUGGAGGAUCUGAGGCUGAGAGAAAAACGAAGCAAUAUUUAUUUUAAAACAGUCACCAGGAAUGUCCAGUUACUUGUCUACUAGCUGAAGCUGUCAAGUGCUAUGAACCUUGCGUAGUGUUAGGUGUAGUCCAAACUUCCGUCUUUUUCCAGUGUUUGUUCCAGAACAUAAGAUUAGUGGGCCAUGAAGGGUCGUCACAAUAAAUGUGUCAGUUUUUGGUUAA